AAAUUGUCACCAUGUACGAUGGGGCGAGGGUGCCUUCCCCCCAGGACAUUGUUAACGGCGUGCUUCCUACGGCCGUGGCCCUGGCAGGAACAGGGGCCGGGGAAGGCGGGUCAGUGUCGGUACCCGCCCCGGCUGUGGGGCCCAAACCAGAAGAAGAGGAGGGUCCAGAGGAGGAGCCUAGCCCAGAGCCUGUCCUAGUGAAGAAGGCCCACAGGGAGAUCCUAGACCAUGACAGAAAGAGGAGGGUGGAGCUGAAAUGCAUGGAGCUCCAGGAGAUGAUGGAGGAACAAGGGUACUCUGAGGAGGAGAUCAGGCAGAAGGUUGGCACCUUCAGACAGAUGCUGAUGGAGAAAGAAGGAGUGAUCACCAGAGAGGGAGCACACACACGCCCGACGGUCAAGGUCCAUGGAGAGCAUGGUGAGGUGCAGACAGACCCAGCUGAAGGUUACCAGGAGGACGGUGAAUGGCACGGAGAUAAAGACAGUUAUAGAAUACAGAGGAACUCUAGCAGCUCUCCAUCUCCUCGACCAAAGAAGAGGAAGAAGAAGAAACGUGCGUUCAGAAGGAGCCGGUUCGACAGCUCCUCUCCCUCCCGCAGAGAGAAGAAGAAGAAGAGUGGGAAAAAACACAAGCGAGACAGGUCGACAUCUGGUCAUAGGAGAAAGAGGAGAUACAGAUCGGGUAGCCCAAAGAACAAACAGAAAGACAAGAACAAAACCAGAAAGAGGUCCCCAUUAGAGUCCCCCAGUAGGACGUCUCAGCGUAGAGGCAGCUGCUGUAGCUCCCACAGUGCAUCACUCUCCUCCGCAGGCCACAGCCCCUCCAAGUCCCCUGGCAGGCCCAACUCCAAGCACAAGACAGAAGGACACAAGGCCUGUGUGAGCCCGUCCCCUUCUCCGUCCCCCGGUCCUGACGGUCCCGUCACGUGGCACAACGGGCACCACCACCGUGACCGCGCCCGCAACGGCAAGGAGGGCAGACUCAACCACAGCCACACAGCCGAGGGAGACAUGGAGCAAGAUAAGCUGAGAAUGCUGACUGCUGCUACUCUGGGAGCCCAGUCCACCGUGAUACUGCCACAACUGAGAGGAGGAGAGAACAAGGCCCACACUGCCCUCUACAGGGCCCCAGGAAGUACUGCUGCCCAGGCUGGAGAGGCCCUACAUGGGGAGGACAGGCAGACGACGGGCCUGGGGUCGUCAGGGAGAUGGGGAGGUCACAUAGGUCACAGAGUCCAGGGGAAGCGCUCCCAUUCGCCGACUCACAGCAGUGACUCCGCCCACUCUCAACAUAACCUGCAUCCUCACAGAGAAAAGAGCUCUCACCAGAAGAAGACUAAAGGAUCCCACUCAUCCAAGCGACACCACCGUGGGGGUCGGGGACAGUCCCAUCACCAGAGGCUGUCUGCAUCCCCAGGGCGGCACCACCAUGCGUCUGGGUCAGGCACGAAGAAGAGUGAGUCUCGGGGGCGGGGCGGUGUCGGGGUCCGGCAGCGCAGCAGCUCCUGGAGCUCAGGACGGUCCUCAUCAUGCUCUGCCUCCAGAGAGAGAGGCCCCAGCAAGGCCAAGUCCCUCCACGUCCAUGCCAGACAGAACAAUUCCAGUUUUUCCGCUAAGGAGAGAGAGAGUCCUCACCACUCUGACGCUGACCGUGCUCACCGUCGCUCCAGGAGUUACUCUCCCAUCAGGAAGAGGAGACGAGAUUCUCCCAGCUUCAUGGAGGCUCGCAGGAUCACCAGCGCUCGGAAGCGGCCUAUCCCGUACUACCGCCCCAGCCCUUCCUCCUCCAGUUCCAUGUCAAGCACCUCCCACUCAGGGAGGAGUCGCAGCCGCAGCUACAGCUGCAGUCACAGCCACACCAGGAGCCACAGCCGCUCACGCAGCCCCAGGAGCCACAGCCGCUCACGCAGCCCCAGGAGCCACAGCAACUACAGUCGCAGCAGCUAUGAAAGCCCCGGCUUCUGAUGAGAGAGUGAGAGAUAGCGGGGGAGAGGGUGAGGGGGGGGGGGAGAGAGAGAGAGAGAGAGAGAGAGAGGGGGAGGGGAGGAGGGAGAUAAAUCAUGUUAUGCGUCCCUGAUUGGUCCAAACACAGGGUCAGUCCUUCUCUGUGUUUUUUUUUUUUACCAUCCUCAGUCUCCAUCUCUGUAUACCAGCGUUAACCCGAGCCUGGAUCUGAAAUAUCGAUUUGUCCUCACACAGGCAGUUAUUUAAAAUAACAUUUUUCAGAUCAUGCUUUUUGAAAAUAAUUGAUAAAGAACAAUUCUGUAAGCACUUUCUCUAUAUCUUUCUGCAUAGCAAAAGUAAACCCCCCAAAAAAAUAUUCCAGCAAUGGGAAACUUCCAUGAGUUUGUCGAAGAAGAUGAAAAGAAGAGAUACAAGUGGAAAAGAAAUCAAAUCAAAUAAAACAGCACUGGGCAAUUCUUCCUCCAAUGUCAUUACAUAAUUUCCCCAAAAACAUAUGCUUUAUUUUAGGAACCAGAGAGAUCAACAGAUGCGAUAAAGAACAAAAGAAAAGUUGGCUGACGAUUUAGCAUGCAGAAGGGAACUGAUAUAUCAGGAUGUAUAGAUGAUUCUAAACUGGAAGUUCUGGCUUGUAAACUAUGCACUGUAUAUUCUAUGUGAUUUUUUUUGAAGAGGCUUGUUAUUUGAUGAUGACUUCGCAUGAUGAUGCAUUAGAAAGGAGGAAGGCUGCUGCUUGUACCAGAGCGCCCUGCUGCCUGCCACUACAGUACUACAGGUCCCAGGGUGCACCUGUCCCUGCCACUACAGUACUACAGGUCCCAGGGUGCAUCUCUCCCUGCCCCCUAUUCUGACUUGGGGCACGUUCAGAUAGAAGUAUGCUAUGUAGAACAAACAUGCAUCUCUGAGAUGUAGAAUAAGGAAUGACGUCGGCUCUAUUUGUGGUAUUUCUAUCUGAAACGAUCGAAAACGUUUUGGUACUGAACAUGGCCCUGACAUUCCUGACCUGUAAUCACACACAGAGGCAAAAAAAAGGGACAAAUGUUUGAUUAUUAUGUACUUUUUCUCUCUUCCCUAUUCCACUAUGUAUUAUGUUCAGACCUCUUGCCCAAUGACCAGUGACGUGAAGUCGCUCUGUAAAGAUGCUCCUUCUAAAGAUAUUUUCUGCAAAAGCAUCCAUGCAAUCAUGUGAGGGGGGUCUAUCUUUUAUCCACAGCUAUUUAUUCAGUUAUUUAUUCCAAUUAUUUAUCUAUUUCUUAUGUUAUUUAAUUGUUUAUUUAUUUGAUUAUUUAUUUGUUUUGUCUCAUCGAAUGUUUUUAAAACAAUUUGAAGAACUGUGUUGUUGAGAUCUUAAUAUUUAAUGGGAGAUAGAAUUGCUGCAUAUGUACACAUUCUGAUCUAUGAAUAUACAGAACGUCAAUUGAUGUUUUAACCCAAAUCCUUUUUAUUUGUCAUGAAAGCUUCUGCUUCCUUUAAGAAGUGAGUGAGCUGAGCUGGACAUAGCUUGUUUCUAUGGCGGCCGGGUUCCCAAUCUCUUACCUGAUGCGAUUUAUAAUGCUCGUACACAGGGUUACUUAGAGGGCCUAGUUAUAGUCUUAGAGGGGCUGUUAGCUGCAGGGCUCCACUUCUACCAACUCCUACUGUCCAAAUCAUAAACCAGUCCUGGAUUGGCUCUCUGCAGACAAAGGUGUGUUGAUUGGGCUAGUUUGUUGUCGGUGUUACCAAUCACAUUGCCCCUGCUGUAAAAGGCUGAUCUAUCCCUGCUUUUAACCAGAGGUGUCCUGGUAACUGGCUCUGACCUGACAUGAGGUCAAAGACAGAGGGUCUGCUCGUUUUACAAGCCAGUGGUCACCUAAACUAUGUAUGCGGCGAAUGCCCCUGCUAGCAAAACGCGUGCACCCAGACACAGGUAGUCCCACUAGAUGCCCAUCAUGUUCCCUGUCUCUGUUUACUACUCUGUGCUGAUAGGUCCCCAGCUAGCACAUAACGUUCUGAAAACCAUAUGUUUCUUAGAGCUUGGUUAGAGCGUGAACGUCCUAUGUUUAUUUAGCAUACAACCUUCCCAUAACAUUUACUACAAUUUUAUAACAUUCUUCUGUGGGAAUUUCAGUACUUUGACAAAAAAAAACAUUUUCUACAGGUUUCUUCAUGGUUCUAUUUAAAGUCAUGUUUUCAGAACGUUCAGAGAACGUUAAGAAAUAACGUUCUUCUUUGGGUAUUCCAGUACUUCAGCGUAACGUUUUCUACAGGUUUCCUCUUGGUUCUAUUUAAAGUCAUGUUCUCAGAACAUUAAGAAAACGUUCCAUAAAAAACACCAGAAAACAUUAGUAACGUUCAAAGAACGUUGUAAGAAUGUUAUUUAAAAACACAUACAUUCUGUUCUCAGCAUCAACAAAACUCUCUAUCUUGUUAAAUGUGUUCAGAUGUGUUGGCCGCACUCACUAAUUGGCCACCCCUGAUCUUAAUGAGUGUUUUUUGUCUUUGAACUAGGGUCUGUUUAUAUAGACUAAAAUGAACAUCUUUGUUAGAGUUAUUUUUUUUAAACAUGGCAUGCUAGGUCAAUCCUGUUGGAGCAGUGGACUAAUUCCAUGGAUAGAGAACAGAAGAUCAUAGGUUUGAAUCUCACUGACACCAUGCCACAAUAAAAAAAGGAAUGUGUUUGCAUGAUUAAUGCCUAGAAAAUAAAUGUCCAUGUGUCCAAUCUGUGGUGAGAGUUCAUAACAGUUAACUCAAACUAAAAUAGCAGUGUUAUUAAAAGUCUUAUUGAAACAUGUUCUCAGAGUGUUAUUUAAUUACCUUCAAUAUCCUAGAAUUUCCGUUCUCAGAAUGUUAAUUAAAAAAAAAAAACUCCAAGUUUGGCUUUCAGGGGAACCCUGCAACCUAAAUAUUAACGUGCCCAAAUGUUUUUGUUUUAACCGUCAGGAAUCUUAUGGUUUCGUUAAUAAAACGUACGUUCCCACAGCUUCCAGGGAACCAAAUGUGCUAGCUGGGACAGCUGCUGGUCAUGAUUCAACCAGAGACCCUGUCUUCCUUCCCAUUCGUCAAGCCUCCUGUCACUCAUACGGUGUUACUCUCAUAAUGUAAACAUGUUUUGUUAUUAAGAGUACAAUGCUAAAACCUUUGGAUUGUAUAAAAAUCACUUAGUUGUAGAUUACCAGUUAUUAUAUACAGGACAAUAAAUAUAAACCAAUGGAAAAUGA